AUGGAAAUUGAUCCUGCACAAUAUGACAACCACAUCGAAGGAGGGCUCUAUGAUGAUGUCGUCAGACAGCUUAUGGCGCUACCAAAAGGAAUGUCCUUAGGGGACACCACUUACAAGGACGACUUCAUCUGUGAGAGCAACAUUAAUACGGGGAAUUUCGCCUACAAAUGCAGAGAUAAUGGAGCCGAGUAUGAGACUGUGCUAGUUGGCGAAAUCUUACCACGUCCAUGUGGAACCAAAUUUAAUGUGAUAGGCAAUCACUACCUUGGUACUAGGGAAUCAUAUAGAUAUGGGAAAUUAACACUGACCUGCUUAACUCUGCCGAACAUUAUUGACGAUAGGACACGCGUCAAAGGUGUCUUCGCCUUGGGAAAACCAACGCAGGCUACCGAAAUGAUGUACAUCACUUUUGGGAACCAGAUCGCCACCUUGGACGACAUCAUACAAAGUGACAUGGAGGAGCUAAAAAGACAGAAUAAGGACGUGAACGUAAAAGAAUGGACAGUGCAUGCAGGAACAGACCAAACAGGUAUGCCUGAGUACAUCCCGGUGAACACAGAACAAUUGUAUGUGGUUCCUAAAGGGACGCAGCAAACCAUCCAAGGGAAACGCGCUAGAGUAGCAAAGAAGACAAUCAACGACAUGAGCGAGCUUGGAGAAGGCAAAGCAGCCAAGAAGGACUCUGUAGCCGGAGGGAGCAGAGACAAUACACAAGAGACUGAGAUCACGACAAAUACAUUCUAUGAUCCGACGGUCCUCCCAGAUUACGGUGGUGACCUGUUUCAGCAUAUCAACGCGAAACUCCAUCAGCUUGAUAUCAGAAAUGUGGAGAACGAAUUCAUCCCACCUCAGGACUGGUACACGAGCCUUAAGCAUGGAACGCUGGUCAUGAUCAGGGCGACCCUCCACACCUUCAAUUGGAAGGAACAUCGAGUAUAUCAGCUAAACGGACACACCAUUCGUGUAUUAGAUGCCUCGAAAUUGGAGAUAGAACCGUUGAGCUCGCAACUUAAUGGAUUUGAUACUGGUGGAAGCCCGUUGACCUCCAAUUCGCGGGUAUCGGACGCGAUGGCGAAUGUGCAACUAGGAAAAAGGGGAAGACAAGAAUGA